CUUUUGACCAGCAAAUUCAGGCAACAAUUCUAUUGAAUAUUAAUCUCAAGAGCCUCCUUUCCAAUGCAGUUCUUCUCCUCGCCACCGGAGGGCAGUAAAGCAUCACAGCGGCCGUUGUGUUUGAGGCCGGGGCUCUGCGAGCAAGUGUCAAACAUGGCUGCCUCCGUGAGGAAAGCGGCUCACGAUCUGGAAGCAAGAAAGCGCACUGAUGAUGUGCUGCUGUCCGAGGGGAUCGACUUCAAGUCCCUGCUCCUGUCCGAGGCCGUGUUAGAGGGGCUUUCUUCUGCCGGCUUUCAGAAGCCUUCGCCGAUCCAGCUGAAAGCGAUUCCACUCGGCCGCUGCGGUCUUGAUCUGAUCGUGCAGGCCAAGUCAGGGACUGGGAAGACAUGCGUGUUCUGCACCAUCGCUCUGGACUCUCUGAUCCUGGAGAAUACCGCCACACAGGUGCUGGUUCUGGCUCCCACACGAGAAAUCGCGGUGCAGAUCCACUCUGUGGUGAUGGCGAUGGGUUGCGCCAUGGCUGGCCUGGAGUCCCACGUUUUCAUCGGAGGCCGACCCAUCAGCCAGGAUAAAGUGCAUCUGAAGAAGUGCCACAUUGCCAUCGGGUCACCCGGUCGUAUCAAGCAGCUGAUUGAGCUGGGCGUGAUGUCCACCGCCAGCAUCAGACUGUUUGUUCUGGACGAGGCUGACAAGCUGCUGGAGGAGGGCAGCUUCCAAGAGCAGAUAAACUGGAUUUUUUCUUCGCUCCCGGUGAACAAACAGAUGCUGGCGCUGUCGGCGACCUACCCCGAAUAUCUGGCUCAGCAUCUCACCCGCUACAUGCGUGAGCCCACUUUUGUCAGGCUUAAUCCGAAAGACAUGGGUCUGAAAGGCUUGAAACAGUACUACAAGCUGGUUCCAUCACACUCCUUACCUCACAAGGUUUUUGAGGAGAAGGUGCAGGACUUGUUGGAGCUCUUCAGCAAAAUUCCAUUCAACCAGGCGCUGGUGUUUUCCAACCUUCAUUCGAGGGCUCAGCACCUGGCGGACAUCUUGUCCUCCAAGGGGUUACCUGCUGUUUGUAUCUCAGGUGGCCUGAGUCAGGACCAGCGACUGGAGGCCAUGUCCAAGCUGAAGCAGUACCAGUGCAGAGUUCUCAUCUCCACCGACCUGACAUCCAGAGGCAUCGAUGCCGAGAAGGUGAACCUGGUGAUAAACCUGGACGUGCCACAAGAUUGGGAAACAUACAUGCACCGGAUUGGACGAGCCGGCCGGUUUGGUACUCAGGGGCUGGCUGUUACCUACUGUUGCCAUGGCGAGGAGGAGAACAAGAUGAUGGCCAUCGCUCAGAAGUGUGACCUCAGCUUGUCUGCUCUCCCAUCAACUCUGGAUGCCAGUUUGAUGGAGGAACCUUGUGACUGGGACGUGUGUUCUGAAGCUUCCACUCCUGGAGCUCGAGCUCAACUCUUCUCAAAGGCAGAGAAGAGUCGGCGGACUAAACCCGGCAAGCCCGAACCCACUGCCAACAAGGACGCUGAUCAGAGUGGUCGGAAACUCUCCAAGAAGGGCCAGGCAGUCCCCAAACCAGACUCUGGGGCACCUCCAAGAGCAUCUCCAGUCCAGGAAGUGGUCCUGGAUCGACCUCCUCAAGCCACGCUGACGCGUGAGGAACUUCAGGAAGAGCUUCCAAAGAUCCCUCCCCUCAGCUCCUUUAAGAAGUCAGCAGUGGCGUUCAUGACCUUGCAGGAGGCUGAGAAGGACUUCCAGACUUUCAUAAGGUCAGGGUUAGGGAGGUCAGUGGAGGUCAUCAGGGACUUCAGAGGUUCUGGGGACGGCAACGACGGACACAAAGAGUUGAUAACGCUGCAUGACGAUGGCACGCAGGUAGUUUCACUUCGAUCAAGGUCACCUGCUCAAUCUUCAAGUUCUGAGUCUGACAUGGAGGCAGAGCAGCAGGAUGAUGGGACACCAGACGUGGUCCCUCACCUGCCCAAAGGUUUCAGAACCACCCCUGUUAAAGUGGAACCAGAGGCUUCUUAUAAAAUAAAUCCACAAAACCAGACCCCAAAAACAAGAUCUCUGCCUCCUCAGCAUCAUGAGCCAAGGUCCAAACCAGACUCUCGAGGUGAAGCUCGGACCCGAGGGCAAGCUGGCAGAACCAAAAAUGAAAGUAUUGGGAAAGGGACGAAAAAGAUUUCGGAGAAGCUUGAGCGUGUGUGUGAACCUGAGGAUGAUGAUGAUGAUGAUGAUGAAGAAGAGUGGGAUGCUGAAAGCUACUGGAGAGCUUGUUACCAAGCGUGGAACGACUACUAUGCUUCAAUGUCUCCCUUCCAGAGCUACUAUCACAGCACACACAGCUGGAUGGCUGCUUAUCGGAUGAAUGCAGUCUAUAUGGAGGAACUCCUCAAAGACUAACCCUCAGACUGCAACUGAAGAAUGGCACUUGUUUGGUGAUGGGGCUCCGUGCAGGAUUACUUUUUGAAUAAAGCACUUCAAACAGCAAUUUCACUCGAAUUUGACUUGAAUUUUAAGAAAUAUUGAGAUAAAUAUUGUUGCGGACAACUUCAAGCUAACAGCUACCAUCACUUUCAAAAGUUUUCUGUGGGUUUUAGCAUGUGGAAGUUACUAUUUUUCGAAUUGUGCUUGAAGGUGUCUGGAUGAAUCCAACUCUCCAAAUGUCAAAAUAAGAUAAGAAAUCUUAUUCACCCAGUCU